AUCGAAAGGAGCUAAAUCAGCUUUUUUUACCUAUUCCUUUUCUAUUUUUUUUUAAAUUUUUUUUAUAAAAAUUAUGAACUCCUUUGUCGUGAUCUUGGCCUGUUCGUUGGCUGCAUUAGCUGUUGCUGAACCUCCAUCAGGCUACAAUUAUCCACGUGGUGGAGGUGGUGGAGGCGGUGGCGGUUUUGGUGGUGGUUUCGGUGGAGGAUUUGGUGGAGGAUUUGGUGGUGGUGGUGGUGGGGGCGGUGGAGGCUACCAAGCUGUGAGUGGAGGUUUUCAAACUUCUGAAGGACAAAAUGUUGAUCCACAAUUAUUAGAACAAGUAAGACAAAUUCUUUUACAAGAAGAAAGUAAAAGCGGCGGUGGUGGUGGAGGCGGUGGUUUUGGUGGCGGUGGUGGUGGUGGUUUUGGUGGUGGUGCUCCAUCAGGAUCAUAUGGACCACCAUCUGGUUCAUAUGGCCCACCAUCUACAUCGUAUGGUGCUCCGGGCGUUGGAGGUGGACGUGUUGUCGGUAUUGAUUUAGAAGGUGUUAGACAAGCAAUACAAGUAGCACAAUUUGCUCAAACAAUGACUCAAGCUGGCGGUAUUGGAGGUGGCUAUCCAAGCGCCCCAUCUGGUAGUUAUGGUGCUCCAUCAAGACCAAGUUCAAGUUAUGGUGCUCCAUUUUAAGUUGAACAAAUAGAAAAAUUAGUAAAAUUUCAUCGCAUUUUUAGUAAAAAAAAAAAAAACAAAAAAAAAAAUUGUUAAGAAGAGUAUUAAAAAAAACUCAUCAAAACAACAUACCAUAAAAAAUUCACGUCACAUACAUACAUGCAUACGAUAGGGAAAAGAAAAGUAUACAAAAAAAAGAACUAUAAGUAUUAAUAUUUUUUUUAUAUUAUAUAUAAUUCCCCAAUAUAUUGGGCCAGUAUUACAUGAAAUUGAUAUGAAAAAAAAAAUAUUAUAAAGGGAUGACGAAAAUUUUUAAAAUAUUUUUUUUUUAAAUAUUUUUUGCUGAAAAUGAUACUCGUAAUAAUUACAUAUACAUAUAUAAAAGGACGCCACGACACUGAUAUUAUAAUCCCAAAAUAAAAAUCAAUUCCAUGACAAUCAAGGAGUAUAAUUACAUAUAUAUAUAUAUAUUUUUUAUAUACACAUAUAUAAAAUAUAUACGUAUAUUUUUUGUAAACAUGCCAAGUAUUA